AUAAUCAAGCUAGAAGCCAUGGAUCUCAUUCACAAACUGAUGAACAUUAUAGUCCCUCCCCUAGGCCUAACCAUGUUACUCUUCUUUCUACCAACCUAUCUGUUCUUCAAGCUUCUCAUCUCCACCAUAAAAUCCAUAUUCAGUGAAGAUGUGGCCGGAAAAGUUAUACUCAUCACCGGGGCAUCCUCUGGAAUUGGAGAGCAUCUUGCGUACGAGUAUGCAAGGAGAGGAGCUUUUCUAGCCCUCAUAGCAAGAAGAGAGAACCGUCUCAGAGAAGUCGCCAGCACGGCCUAUCAGCUUGGCUCCCCUGAAGUUAUCGUCAUCCCUGCAGAUGUCUCUAAGGUUGAAGAUUGUAAGCGCUUUGUUGAUGAAACAGCCGAGCACUUUGGGCAGUUAGAUCAUCUGGUAAACAAUGCCGGAAUAACUCCGGUCUGCAUCUUUGAGCAGGCCCCCGAUAUAACUAAUCUUCGGCCAGCUAUGGAUGUAAACUUCUGGGGUGCAGUAUAUGCCACCUAUUUCGCCGUUCCACACCUUAAAAGGAGUAAAGGGAAGAUUGUAACGAUUGCUUCCUCUGCAGCAUGGUUACCAGCACCAAGACUAAGCUUCUAUACUGCAAGCAAAGCAGCAGUCCUAAGCUUCUUCGAGACACUGAGAGUUGAACUUGGGGGAGACAUCGGCAUAACAAUUGUGACUCCAGGGUUGAUCGAGUCAGAAAUGACACAAGGGAAGUUCCUAUCAGAGGAAGGCCAGAUGGUACUUGAUCCAGAAAUGAGAGAUAUUUUAGUGAGUAUAAUGCCAAUAGAGCCCGUUGGAAAGUGCGCCAAAGCAAUUGUGGACGGUGCCUGCCGUGGAGAGAAAUACUUGACAGAACCAGCUUGGAUGAGGGUGACAUAUUUCUGGAAGGUGUUUUGCCCUGAGAUACUGGAGUGGUGUAACCAGUUGCUACUCACCAGACCUGGAUCAGAUUCGGAAAGAGACACACCUAGCAAGAGGCUCCUCGAUUUAACUGGACUAAAGAAAUAUAUAUACCCAGAAUCUGUUCAAUUCCCCGAGCUCAAGGCCGCUACUGGAUAG